AUGCUUAACAAUCAAAUUCAGUAUUAUCGAUUAAUCUCAGUAAUAUUAUUUACUCCACCACGACGAUCAUUUACUCAAAUACGACAAUUACAAGAUUUACAACAACUUUAUGAAUUAUUAAAACAUGAAUCUCUAGCUUCAAAUAGUCCUUAUUCUGAGAAAGUAAAUCCAUUUGGAAUAUUUGCUAACAAUGAAUUAGACUUACAAAAAAUAAAUGUUUAUGGCUUUGAUUUUGAUUAUACAUUAGCACGUUAUAAACCAACAUUACAUUCAUUAAUUUAUGAUAGUGCAAAAACAUUUCUCGUAAAAAAUUUCAGAUAUCCAGAUGAUAUAAUGAAUUUUUGUUAUCGACCUGGUAUGGGUGCACGUGGUCUUCAUUUAGAUAUAAAACGUGGAUGGUUAAUGAAAGUUGAUAGCUAUCAUAAUAUUCAAUUAGGUACUGUUUAUCAUGGUAUGCGUGCAGUACCAGAUGAAGAAGUUCUAGCUGCUCAUCAUGGUACUAAAUUAUCAAUUGAUGUCGUUGGUUAUUUAGGAAGAACAUCGAAUAUGUUUCAAUUCGUAGAUAUUUUUUCAAUUCCUGAAAUAACACUCCUGCGUGAUGUUACUCAGUAUUUCAUAGAUAAUAGUAUUCCAUUUGCUGCAGAAUACGUACAUUAUGACGUUCGAGAAGCAGUAGGUUCUUUUCAUAAAAGUGGAGAAAUGCAUAAAAUAGUUGGACAAAAUGUGGAAAAAUAUUUUGAAGAGAAUGUUCAUUUAAAACCAUUUUUACAACGACUUCAUGAUGCAAAUAAACAAAUAUUUUUAAUAACAAAUAGUGCGUAUUGGUAUGUAAAUCAUGGCAUGAGUUAUUUACUUGGAGAUAAUUGGCGAAAUUAUUUUGAUGUUAUCAUAUGUCAAGCUCGUAAACCAUCAUUUUUUAGUGGACAAAAAAGACCAUUUCGUGAAAUUGAUGUAAAGCAAAAUUCAAAAUCAUGGGAUCGUGUAUCAAAAUUAGAACAUGGAAAAGUUUAUGUUGAAGGUAAUCUAACAAAUCUUAUUGAAAUGACACAUUGGAAAGGAAAUGAUGUUCUUUAUAUUGGUGAUCAUAUAUAUGGCGAUCUAGCAGAUUUAUUUCUUAAAUAUGGAUGGAGAACAGGUGCGAUUUUAGAAGAAGUUGAAGAUGAAAUAAAUAUUAUGAAUUCUGAUGCAUUUCAAAAAACAAUUCGUUGGUUAACUGUUCUUCAAUGGCUUACCGAUCAAUUACAAGUUAUACCAGGUGCUGAAGCUGAUAUUCUAAUGAAAAGUUGGGUUGCUGAACAAGAUGCAGAAAGAGACAAAUCUCGUGAUUUACUUAAUCCUUAUUUUGGUUCUAUCUUUCGUACACAUACAGUACCAACAUAUUUUCAUCGACGUUUAGCACGUUUUGCUGAUGUUUAUACAUCGAAUGUUUGUAAUUUUUUCAAUUAUCCACUUGAUUAUAUAUUUUUUCCUCGUCGUAUGGCAUUACCACAUGAGAAUGUUUUACCGACACCAGAUUUAGACUUAUUAUUAACGAAAACUGUUCAACAUGCAAUGCGUUUUAAAACUGGUACUGAUACAAAAUAA